CACUGAAGGUGUCAGUUGGGCUCCCGACGGUCCUACUCUCUAGUUCUCAUCAGCUAACACAACUCUCAGCGAUUUGACGCAAAUUUCAAACGUCAGGAAAAGACUCUCUGAAGGAAUAAAGAAAUCUUAUAAACUGUUAAGGAGCCUAUACUUAAAAUAAACUUUUGAUCCAAGGGCAACCGACAACCGACAGGAUGCUGGCACUGCCUCUGCUGACCAUGGCAAUCCUCGCCAGCUGCGGCUACUCCGUGGACGCCUACUCGAAGUACGGCCGUGGAUGCGGGGACAUUGGCUGCCUGCCCACCGAGGAGUGCGUCAUCACCAGCGACUCGUGCAGCUACAACCAGCGGGACGGCAAGGAUUGCGGCAACUAUCCCACCUGCAAGCGGCGCUCCGGCGGAGGAUCGUCCGCCUCGAACAGCAGCCCCAAUUUGGCCACUCCCUCGGCCAAUCCGUCAGAGGUGAGCCAUAACGCAUACGCCCCGAAUGCCCCGCUGCCGGAAGCGGAUGCGAGCGGUGGUGCUGGCUACGGCGGUGCUGCGAGCGGUGGCAACGGCGGAUACGGUGGUGGCUUCUCGGCUGGCGGCCACUCCCUCUACCCAUCUCUACCCAACUCAAAUGGCGGCGCCGGCGGCGGUGGCGGCAAUGGUGGUGGUGCAGCGGCCUAUAAUCCGUAUGGAGGCGGCGGCGGCGGCGGUGGUGGUGGCUACAAUCCCUACAACGGCGGCUAUCAACCACCGGCCAACAAUGGUGGCUACCAGCCCCCCGGCGGCUAUCAACCCCAAGCUCCUGGCGGCUAUCAACCCCGACCUGGCUACACGCCACCCGCCCCGGGCUACGAGAACAACGGUGGUGGUGGCCAGAAGCCCAAGGACAAGGAGGGCGGCUUCUUCUCCAACUUCUUCUCGAAUCCGGCGGUGAGUCAAGCGGUGUCCGGUAUCAUUGCAGGCCAGAUAGCCAAGCAGCUGCAGGGCGGAGGCGCCGGUGGAGCCGGCGGUAAUGGCCAGCAGUCCGGUGGCUAUCAGCCCAGCGGUGGCUACGGCGGUGGACCGUCUGGCGGCUACGGCGGCGGCGGCGGCGGUGGAAGUGGUUCCUCCGGCAGCAACAUCCUCGGCGGACUCCUCGGCUCCGUUUUGUCUGGCGGUGGUGCGAAUGCUGGAGGCGGAGGAGGAGGCGGCGGUGCUGGCAGCUUCCUGGGCAGCCUGCUCAGCGGUGGAAACUCCAACAGGGGAAGCAGCCAAGGAAGCGGCGGAUCUGGCGGACUGGGCGACCUCUUCAGCUCGAAGAACUUCGGCGGCCUCUUCAGCGAGAACCCAUCCUCCCGAGGAGGCGGUGGUGGCUCCUCCGAUGGCUACUCCUCGCAAGGCGGAGCCAAGAGCUAUCCCACCCAGGCGCCGGGCAACUAUUAUGGUUAAACAAGCCCCACUUUUUGCGGCGGAGAAAGUCUCCCCCUUUUAAAUACACAAGUUUUUUUUUUUUCGUUCUUUGGCAUUGUAAUCAAAUGAAGAACUUUCAACGAAAUUUACUGAAACAAUAUUGAAAUAUUUAAGCAUAUUAUACGCAACUAUAAAUGACGAUUAUACAAAUACAAUACAUAUAUACAAGCAUAUAUACCCGAUAAUUGAGAAAGCUGUCACAUGUAAUUUGAGAUACCGUGCGUGUAGAAUCACCAUUCGGAGUUCAUUUGUAAAUAGAGAAAAACUUGAAAUUGAAAUUGAACCAGAUAAAAUACGUAAAAAUUUAAAGCCA